CCGAAAGCGCUGGGCUGCGUUCAUCCAGCGCGACCGCGCGCUCCACCGCGUCGCCAAGCAGCUCACGGGCGGCAGGCCCAAGGAGGAGAUGGUGGUGAGGUGGGGUUCGUGGGCCUUCCAGGGAGGGAAGGGCGGCUCCCCCAUCUCCGUCAGGGGCGGGCGCGCGCCGACGGGGCGGCUCAUCAAGCUGCUCCGUGAGCGCUACGCCAAGCAUGUGUUCAUCAUCGAUGAAUACAAGACCUCCAAGACCUGCUACAACUGCGGGUGUCAGGAGAUGGCCAUCAAGCGGCUUGGGGGGCUGAAGGAGGGGCAGCGGCCCUGGCGGUCGGUCAAAGUCUGCAACGACUGCUUGACGACCUGGAACCGCGACGUCUCCGCCGCCAACGUGAUCCGUGUGCUCCUCCUGCUGAAGCUGAUGGGCUUCGAGCGGCCGACCAAGCUGCAGCGGCCGCCAUGGCCGCCGGCGGCGGCGGGGCCGGGCUGAGAGCCUGAACGGCGCUAGCAGGGCGUGGGGCUGAGGGUGCACGUGUCGAUUGGCGGCGAGUGACGUGACUAGUUUGUUAGCUGCGGGUUAGCACGGACUAUGCACCCCACCCAACCGGCCACGUCCGGAUUUGCGGGGAUGCCAAAGGCCCCCAACAUAGAGGCGUGUGCUUAGUAGGCGCCCGCGUCAAGGUGGCUGGGUUGAUAACGACCCGGGAUCAGCCCUUUUCCUGCCUCCCUAAGGCAGCCACCUCCUUGUUACGUGUGCUGUCCCCCGAGCGUAGCGAUCCAGCGGGGGCGAAGCCCCCCAGCAUUGCCCCAGGAUUGCCCCUGGGCCUGCGUGGUGCGUCUGCAAAAAGGGGCUGGCAGGGCAUGCGUAGCGGCAUGACAAGUAGUGCGGCUGUUGACAACUGUGCUGCGUCUGGCUGCGGUUGGCUCUGCUGUGGCAUCGCGAUUGCUAGGCACCGGUUUGGCUAUGUGCCUGUUGAAACCGACCCCGGCUAUGUCCGGGCGAUGAGGUUGUUCGGCCUCAGACUGUGGAGGGGCUCAGCCCCUUUUCCUGUGACCGGGGAACACUUGUUACGUGUGGGGGCCCGCCUUCGCUACCUGCUGGGCAUUGUGCUUGGAGCUGCUUCUCACUGUGUGCGGGGUGUGUCUGGCUUCUGUCUGGCGGCGUCUCCCAUGCGGCUGCCGGCUACUGGCCACUUGAUGCCAUGCACCAUCUGUGACGAGGAGCACCUGGGCCCUGGAAGAAUCACAGUUGUAAUGGUUUGAGACC